GCUUCUCUACACGGGGGUUGGCUGCUUGGCUGUAGUGAGGCGCGGGGAGGAUGCGAACGGGGAUUUAGUUUCUCUGGAUUUUCCAGUCUGUAGCAGAUUAUUCCUCUUCACUAACACCCAGCAACAGAUUUAGCUUCCCAAAACAAGAUUUGAGACCCAACUUCUCCACAUGGAAUAGGAUGCAGAGUUUUCUUUCUUGUGGGAAUGUUAUCUAGCACUGCUGGUUAUCAAUGAACUGUAUUCAGAAAAAAAUAAUAUAAGAAAACAACAGUGUUUAAGGAGCUCAAAGAGCACUUUUUGAUAUGGCAGCAACAGAGGCCAAUACAGAACCAGUCCAAGUGGAUGCUGGGGAGAGCAAAGCUGAGGAGGAGCCUUCAAAUGCAGAGUCACCUCUGGUUCCAACUGAGGAAACACAGUCUACCACUGAUGCACCCCAGACCACAGAGCCAUCAACAGAUAAAGUCAAGCCAGCCUCAGAGAAAAUCUGGGACUCUUUUCUGAACAAAAGUGGGCUCGGAAAAGUUAUGGGAGGGAAGAAGAAAAAAGAGCAUAGUACAGUAGCUGAAGAGGUUCUUGCAGAAGACCCAGAUAAGGCCUCAGCCACAAAUAAGAAUGAUCAAGGGGAGGAAGCAGAUCUUAAAGAUCAGUCAACUAGUCAGCCAGCAAGUGAAGCAGCAACGGAUGGCCAAGUUAUUGAAAAAGUACCAGACAAUGAUGAGACUGUCGAAGAGCAGAAGGCACCCAGUGCCAAGCCAAAACAAGGAGAAAAGUCCAGUGUACGUGAUUUCAUUCGCAAGCCUGUUGCCAAAAUCUUCUCCCACAAAAGCACAGAGAAAAAAGAAGGCUCAGGAGAACUAUCAAAACAUGGAAAAGUUCGGUCAAAAUCUCUUGAUAGGCUGGAGAAUGCUGAUACCAGCACAGCUGUGGUGGAACAAAAUGAGGACCCACAAUCACCAGAAGAGGCAAAUAAGUCAACUUCCCAAACUACAAAACCAAUGAAACGCUGGCAUUCCUUUAAGAAGCUUAUGGCACCGAAGAGUCACAAGAAAAGCACUGAUGAAGCCAAGGAUGCAGAAGGAGCAGAGGGUGGUAGUGCAGAUAUAGCAGGAGACACUGGGACACUGGACUCAACUACAAAGUCAGAGCACACUGGGCAAAAAAGGUGGAAAUUGAAGAGAUCAUGGACUUUUCAAGGUCUAAAGAGGGACCCAUCAAUUGUUGGAAUCCACAAACCAAAGGACAAAGACUCUUCAGAUAAUCUCAAAGAUGAGGAUAUCCUAGAGGCAGAUCAGGGGGCCACACAAACUUCUGAAGAUUCAAAGGUAUCAGGUGAUGGAGAAACUCAAGAGAAGACCCAUGCAGAUGCAGAAGAGGAGCAAGAGACAACUGCAUCAGCAACUGCAACAACACAUACAAAAAUUGUAGACCAGCAGGCAAAUGAUAUCUGGACCACAUUUAAAAAGCGAGUAAUUCCCAAGUCAAAGAAGGCAGCAGAUGCUGGUGGAGAAGAGGAAGAACCAACAGGUGAACAAGAACAGGCUGAAGAACCACAGGCGGGUAAAGACUCAGGCAAGACUGCCAAGUCAAAAAGGACACAUUUCAACCGUGCUGUCUCACUAAAGAAUUUCAUACUGCGUAAGGGGAAGAGUACUAGCAUGGAUAUGGGGGAUGGCUCAGCACUACAGAAAGAGAAUAAAGGGGAAACUAAAGACACGGAUGGCUCUGCAGACACAGCUGUGGCAACUGACCUCCCACAGGGUGGAUCAGAAGACCAGGCUGCCGCACCAAGUGAGAGCAACAUCGGGGCUCAGGUGGUAGAUGAGCACAAAAGUUCUGAUGGAGAGGAUAAGACCCUCCCAAGCAUACCAUCUGGUGAGCAGUCAGACACACCUCACUUAUCAGCAGAAGGAGGAGACCAGACAGAGCCAAAUAUGGAACCCAAGACCAAUGGUGAGAACGGAUAUUCAGGUGCUGCAACAGAAGACACCACAGCACAUAAUAAUGAUCCUCCUGUCCAGGCCGAUGUUGUAAAGGAAGAAGACACAAACCAGAAGGACAUCAACUCUAGCGACAAAAUGUGUGCAAAGGAUGGGAAGAUUCUGAAUCAAGAUGGGAAUUGUGGUACUGAAAACGCAGUUGCUGAAAGCGGUGAGUUUGAAGCAACACUUGACUCCAAUGACAAGACAGAACCUGGGAAGACAGAUUCUAUAGUAGAAUUAGGUGCUAGUAUUGAGUUAGAGACUGGGGUGUGUUGCAGUUCUGAGGGAGGGUCCUUUUCUGAGUCAACAAAAAACAGUGAUGAGCCAGACGACCAAGAAGAGACCCUGAAGAGGAUGUUUUAUCAGGCUGCAACUUCCAUCGUUCAAACUGUUUUACUGGAAGCCACUGACCAGUUAGUCAAGGAGAAGGAUUUCCUGGACAGUAAUCCAAAAUUCUCUCAAACAACAAACUAUGGCAAUUGUACAGAUGUUGAUGUUGGUUACUGUCAUUGAAGAGUCAACAAAAAAAAAAAAAUGGCGGGAAACGUGUGAGGCCAAACAAAGAGGAUUAGAUCUCCAUGGGAGUCGUUCAGCGUGGAGCUUUUCCCCUUCCCCCCUCCCCCCAAAAAGAAGUAAUCACACGUUUUUCACGAUUCACCAUGGUGAGAAAUGCAAUCCAUAUAGCUAAAAAAAAACUUGAAAAGCAAUAAUUCAGUCAUCAAUCAGCACAUUCAGUUACUGUCAAUGUUUUGCUUGUCUUCUAGUGAGAUUUUAUAUUAUCAAAAAUGACAUUCCUUUGAAUUGUUAAAUCUCAAUGAUCACAUGUGAACAAAAAGACUGUUAGUUUUAUAUUAAUUGCCAUUCUGUCUGUUUGUAGCUUUCAUUUCACUAGGAAUAUCAAUGUGAUAUACAUUUCAGAUAACUCCAGACUGCCCCAUUGUGGAUUCAAUACGGAAUGUGCUCUAAUCUCUGUGCUUGUUUUUAGACUGUUAUGUUGUGUACAUGAAUAAACCACCAUAAAACCAUA